AUGACAGAGCUUGAAAAACUUGACGCUGGUCUUGAAUAUGAUUUUUGGGAUGAAGGCGUAAAUGGCAGGAAACUGCGGGCCAUAGAGGUAUGCGGCAGACUGAAUGCCAUACCGCAGGAUGAUGAGGCGGCACGUGAGCCGGUUAUACGCGAACUCUUUGCGGAAGCCGGAGAGAACCCGGCGGUUUUGACCGGCUUCAACUGCGACUAUGGACUGCACAUCAGGGUCGGGAAAAAUUUCCUGGCCAACUACAACGUGACGAUCCUCGAUAUUGCACCGGUCACCAUCGGUGAUUAUGUCAUGAUCGGGCCAAAUACGAUGAUAUCGACAGUAGGCCAUCCGAUUUCACCAUCAGGCAGAAGAAAGCAUCUGGGUAUCGCGAAGCCGGUAACAAUCGGAAAUGAUGUCUGGAUUGGAGGAAACGUAACGAUUCUUCCCGGAGUGAACAUCGGAAACAACGUAAUUGUUGCGGCAGGAGCUGUGGUAACGCAGGAUGUUCCGGACAACUGCAUUGUGGGCGGUGUGCCGGCAAGGAAGAUCAAAGAUAUUGAAAACGAUGUGAUGGAGGACUAA